CUUGCAUGUUUCUUUCAUAUAAUGGAAUGCAACCAAACACACACAGAUUGUGUUUCCUUUUUUCCCCUGUCCAAAACAAAACGUGCUUCAACAAAACGUUCUUUUCUUUCGAUUCUACACAUUCCAAGACCAUCUGUUUAUUAUUUGUCCUGGAGUCUCUGCUAUUGUAUGUCUAAAUAAUUUCUGGGUUGUGUUUUUUGUAUUUAUUUAUUCAAUAAAGAGGAAGAAUGCUAUUGUUGCAAGACAAGACACUUUUGGGCCAACAUGGAGAUGAGAUUACCUUUGAUUUACUCUGGUUAGCAUGUUUAACUUGAUUCAGCAUUCUCUACAACUGGUUAUAUAAAUGGUUCGUUUCGGUCUAAUUUGAAACACAAUCAAAGAAAUACUCUUGACAAUAAACAUGAAAAGCCAAGACACCAAAAUUUCAUCUCAUACCAAUAAGUUUGAUGUCUGUAUUCUCAAACCAAACUCUUUCUUAAACAUAUUGAGACUGACUUGUCAGUGUUGGAUGUUCUAAUGAGAGCACACGACGAACUCCACUUGGAAUAUGAAGUUAAUGAGAUCAAAACCAAUAAAAAAAAGAAGGAAACUAUCCAUAUUCAAAAAUAAUGUAACUUGGUGACCAAGUUCCUUCCUCUGUAUAACGGAGGGUUUUAGGUGGCAUAAACGUGAAUCACCAAUUAGGGUUCUACUUCUUGUUCUUUUUCCUUCUUAAAUCUCUCUUUGAUUUUUGCGUUAAGAACAUACAUAUCAUAUGUCUCUGCUUCUCGGCCAGCCUCCAAAGCUCUGCGUUCGGAAACCGGUCUUUGUAAGAUCAUCUCCAAAUGACUUCUCAUCUUCUUCCCUGCAGCAAACCCCGCCUUGUAUCAUCAUCGGGGCUAAAGAAUGUGGAGCGGAUCUAGGAAAACUCGCGUUUGCAUAUGCUAAUAACCGUGGUGAACCCAUUGUUUCGGAUAAGAAGGUGCCUCUAGAUUUGGUGUAUAACUAUCUUAGUGAAAUGAAAACGAUUGGUUCAUCUCAUGGGUGGGUAGCUACUAUGAACGACGACGGGAUAAUGCAUCUCCAAGACGAUCUAAACCCGUUUGCAUCGCAUACAGCUCCUAAACGCAUUCCUCUGCCUCCUUUUGUAACGCUGCCUAAUUGCAAAGCCAGAUUUGUCACCAAUGUGGCAAUGUCCUCAUCCUCUCCAGAGGACGAGGACUGCGUUGUGGCUGUCAAGUUCCAUGGACCUCAACUCAGCUUUUACAGACCGGCUCAAAAUAACUCCGAGUGGAUCAACAUCAAAAUCGCAGACCGUUGCUUCUAUAGAUCCGAAGUCAUCUUUUCUAAGAAAGAUGACAUGUUUUGCAUAAACGGAAUUGGAAGCCACGUUAUUGGAUCAUGGGAUCUCCGCGAACACAAGCACACACCCAAGCUUCAGAAGUUGCGAUACCAAAAAUCGCCCGAGCUGACCGAGACUGAACGUGAGAUUUUGCUUUCGUGUAAGUGUGACAUGAGCACACACUUGGUGGAGUCACGAUCCACGGGUGAAACUUUCUUGGUUAAGUGGUACAAGAAGGAGCUCGGGAACUUCGACGACGUUAUCCCUGAUAUGCAAACAAAAGCUCUGAUGGUCUUCAAGAUAGACGAACAAGGAGAUGCGGUGUACACCAAAGACAUAGGAGAUCUCUGCAUUUUCCUCUCAAACUCUGAACCUUUCUGUGUCCCUGCUAGCUCCUUCCCCGGCCUAUGCCCUAACACAGUCCAUCUCUUUAGUUUCCAAGAAAUCGGAAUUGUCAAUCUGGCUGAAUGCUUCAAUACUGAUCUAGUUUUUAGAUGCGGGUUCAGUGCCCCUUACUAUAUUCCACCUCAAAAAAUAGACUAGUAGUUAAUUUGGAUUUGUGUUUUCUUAUUACAAGGCUUUCAAACAUCACAUCUAUUUUCAUAUAUUCUAUGUGAGAUUGAUAUAAAUAUGCUCUUGGAGAAACUUUUGCUUUCAUCUUUCAUCAAUCUUCCAACCUAUUAUUAUGUGCCAGUUAGCAGCAUUUCUUUUUUUGGGGUGUGUAAUUAAGGUUUAUAUUUUGACGAUGUGAUCGCUAAUUAGUUAGCAGCGAUCAA